AUGCAGCGUUUGCCCUAUGUGGUGGUGACAAAUCCGCACCUAUCAUUUGUCUACGAGCUCUACUACAAGUCCUUUGAGAGCUUUCGGCGUGUCCCUGUUAUACGAACUGUGGAAGAGAAUGACGAUCUCUGCAAAGUGAUCGCCGACAACCUGAAGGAACAUCUAGCGGUGAUCCCCAACCUGGUCAUGGGAGUGCUGGAGUGUCAAGAUUUGGUUUCAGUCGACACGAUGGACAAUUUUGUGCAGACCAUGCUGCGAGCUCGGAUUUCAAGACGUGUCAUUGCCGAACAACACCUGGCCCUGACGGAAACAUUCAAUUCACCGUGGCACGUGCCCCAACCCAGCUCUGAGAACGAAUUUGUUGGUGAAGUCCUGCUCCGCUGCAAUGCCAAAGAGGUGAUUGAACGGUGUGGCCGGUUCACGCAAGAGAUAUGCAGGUCGACCGCAGGUACUGAUCCAUUGGUACCAGAGAUUCGAAUUCAGGGACACACCAGUGCUACAUUCCCUUAUGUUCUGAGUCACCUCGAAUAUAUUGUGGGCGAAUUGUUGCGGAACUCGGUCCAAGCAGUUAUGGAGAAGUAUCGAGAUCCUCGAAAACCGCCACCACCUAUUGACGUGCUGAUCUGCGAGGCACCCCAGAACGUGGUCAUCCGCAUAUCUGACCAGGGUGGAGGUAUACCUCGAGAGAUCACGCCCUUUUUGUGGUCCUUUAACAAAGGACCUAGAAGCGCUGCGCGCCUUCAAAACUUCAGGGACGUCCCCACACUUGCCGCCACCAUGCAGGAAGUUCGACUGGGUGCGAGCGACAAGCCGAGUGGAAAAAUCAGAGAUACAUCCCUCAGCACUUUAGCCACGAGACCCCCUGAUCUUAGGUUGGGUAUGGGUUUGCCCAUGAGCCGUGUGUACGCGGAGUAUUGGGCUGGUAAGCUCGAGUUGCAUAGUCUGGAGGGAUAUGGUGUGGACGCAUUCCUGCAAAUCUCGAAAUUAGGCAAUCAGAACGAACAGGUUACAUCACGAGCUACAAUCGACGCGGUAUGA